AAAAAAAAGUGUUAUGAAUGUGGCAAGAGUGAUAUUGAAAAUUCUAAACAUAAAUACCCUUACUGCAAUGCAAAACUUCCUACACUAGCUAAAAUUCACGAGAAAACUAAUCCAAUGAUACCUCAAGAAAAGGAUAUAAUUAAACUUUUAAUUUUUAAAUCCUGUAAUCCUAAAACUUCUAAGAAUUCUAUAAAUUUAACUAAUCCACUUAGUAUAACUCAAAUAUCUGAAUCUUAG